GGCACCCACUUUGGGGUUGGGCAUGCCCGGGCAAGCAAGAAAGAUAAUUUCCCUUUCCUUGUUUGGUUUGGGUUUUUCUGGUAACCCAAGGCAGCUAUCUACACUUUGCUCAUCCUGCGAAUCCCAAGGAACAGAGCAGUUCUUGGGUUAAUUGGCCUCCCCCUCAAAACUUUACAACCUUUUUGGAAGAAAUGGAAAGUGAAACCUUUUGCUGCUGAAAGAGAAAGCAUUUCUCCAGAGCUGAACUGCUCAGUAAGGCUUUGAUCUACACAGGUAGCAUCUACCACUUGGUUCCAAAGAUAUGACUGAAAGGAUGUCAGGUCAGAUGAGCACUGGGGUGCCCAGCAAUAGAAGAAUAGUUAGCCAAAGCGAUGUCAAGACAGCCAAAAUCAACUGUGAAUGCUCAAUGCAAUAGCUAUGACAAGAUGGCUGCCUAAAAGAAGAGGGUUUCAAGGAGCUUCCUACCUGUUGGGGUACGUGUGGAAACCGAGAUGACUGAAGAAUCCAAGCGGUUAACGUUAAGUCCAGUUCUAAGAUGCCCACCUUGGAGCCAACUCGAGGUCACAUACAGAGAUGGGAGAGGAAAGCAGGUGUAUGCAGGCCACACCAAGGAAUCCUUUGACAUCACAGAGACUUUGUUCAUCACCCCUGUGGAGUUCAAGCUGUGGGAACGGCUGGUGGGGAUCCUCUCUCCAUCCCUUUGGGAAGCUAAGGCUUCUGGGGUGCUCCAAAGAGAAUCGGGGGUUAUCACUUUCUCUGGGCCGCCAGAGACAGUUUUGAGAGCCAAGGAGGCCGUCAGCAAGUUGCUCAUCAUGGUGCGCCCUUUGGUCAACAUCAACCUGAUGGCCAUUCCACAACCCAAGCAUAGAGCAGUUGGGUUUUUCCACCUCUGGGAAGGACUUGAUCUUUUUCUAUGGGAAGGAGAAGCUUCUGGAUUCAGGGUGGAUGCUGUAGUGAGGAUCAGCACCAGUGGAAGCCUGGACUUUGGAAAUGCUGUGUUUGCCCAGAGGGUGUGGAGCCAGCGAGGAGGUCCCCAGACUAAUUUGGACCUACACUUUUCACACCCAACCAUAGUGGAACUAGCAGCUGGGGCAGUAAAACUAGCGCUGGAGGCUGCAUCCCAAAAAGGUCUCCAGUCUUUGGUGAUGUCCUUCUUGGGAACUGCUCUCUCCACAUUUGAAGCACAGGCGAUUGCUGCAGGAAUUGAAGCCUUUAAGGAAGACCACCCGGCAUCCCCCUUGAAGAGUGUUAAUUUUAUCUCCAGUGACCGACAUGCCUUGGCGGUGCUUCACGAGGAGUGUGAGAAGCACUGGCCUCUGGGAAAGAGUGACCAGGUGUGGCUGAGACAUGUGCUGCUGUCUUUGGAAGCUGCCAGGAUCGAGGUAGCUGCCAGUUUCAGUACUAAGAAGGAAACAGAUGUGGCAGUUGUUCCCUUGGUGCUGAAUUCUGACAUGCUGGGAUGGGGCCCGGAUGCCGUUGCCAUCACGCGGAAGGUUCUGGAAUCUGUCCCGGACGUUACAGACCUGCGUCCAGGGGAGGUUCUUCCAGUGAUGGCCUCCGCCUUCCCAGAGUUUGGCUGCAGAGUUGUCUACCUGAUAUGGCUAGGAGGGUCUCAGCUGAGGCCCAAAGAUGCCCAUGAGGCCAUUAAAAAAAUGUUUCGGAGCUGCCUCAGCACCUUCUAUGGCUCCUUCCUGGAGUCCAUUUCGUUCCCUGCCAUAGAGCCGGCAGACCCAGGCCUAGCUGUGAAGGGGCAAUGCCUGCGCAUCAUGCUUGAGGAAAUUCACCAAUGCCUGAAGGAGUUGCCCAACCCCUGGAUGAAGCUGCUGCAAAUUGUUCCUCUGCCAGGACGAAGUCUCCCAUGUCCGGUGGAAGAUUACAUCACUACUGCUGUAGAGCCAGUGGGCUUAUGUUGCCUGGAGGAUCCGCUCUUCCUCCAGUAUCUGAAUGAGAGCCCGGAUGCCUUUCGUGACUUUGAAGUGCCACUGGAGGAGGUUGGUUAUGGCAUCCAGAUAUGUUCUCCUUGGAGAAUGUUGGCGUUCAAGGCCACCAGUCCGUCCAUGCAGCUGCAUGAUUUGAGAGCAGCAUUUCAGUCUGUACGAGAAAAAUAUCUACUGCACUGUGAAACCCGGACAGAUGUGCUAGAAGCCCUGCUUGAGCAGCAGACCCUUGUGACGAAGUUCAGAUCCAUCAGGAUCUAUAUCCAUGACCGAAUGUGGUUUGUGGGCCUGUUUGAUGAGAUGGCCUCUUUCUUACAGUGCCUUCUCCAAGUGGCUUCUCAGAGGCAAGUAGUGAGUUGGGAGUUUUCAGCUGAACCGCUGGCCAUAUGCACUAUUGCUAGAGACUCCGUGCUUCAAGAGAUGCUCCCCUCCAACCCUCUCAUAAGCAUUGAAAUCCUUACUAAAGCUCCAGCAACUAUCAGAUUUUGGGGCCGUCAGCAGAGAGUGGAGGAAGCGGAGAGGCGCUUCAAAGAGCUCCUCAAUGGCUUCCAGGUGCUGCCAGUACCCCUGUCAAAUCUACAGUCUCAGUUUAUCAAGGUCCAGUGGGGUAAGUUCUUCCACAAUGGUUUCUUCUUAGAGAAAAGCAUCCCUGCCGUGCUAGAGAUCUCUGAAGUUGUUCAGGUUGUUGGCCUAGACUCGGGUAAAAUGAAGGAAGCAGAAGAGAUCAUUGUGAAGGAGGUGUGUGAGAGGACAGUGGAGAUAGCAGAGGAACUGAAGUGGGCCACUGAGUGUGCAGAGUGGAAGGAGCUGCUGCACAGUUUGGGCUCCAAUAAGGAAGUAGCCCUUCACCAUAUUGCACCUAGUCAGGUGACUUUAGUUGGCCUCUGUCCCCAUAUCACUCAAGCAGAGGGACUGAUUAAGAAGUAUCUGAGAGGCAAUUCUGCCAUGGAGGAAAGGAUGAAGCUGGAUACACCAGAGUUAGCAUUAGCUGGAAAUGAUCUCCUUUGUAUAAUGGACUGGAAGCAUCUCAAAGUGAAGGUCAGACUCCAGCGAAACCAUCAGAUUUUAUUCCUGCAGGUGAGCGGUCUCCAAAAAUAUGUGACGAAAGCCAUGCCAGCCAUCAAGAUGGACUUAGACUCUCUAGUGCUUGGUACAAUGCCUUUGAGGAAGAAGGCUCUUGGAGAAUACUUCUCCGGGGUUGGAGCAGGAGCGCUAAAGAAAAUGGCCCAACAGAUGUUCUGCAUUGCUAAAAUCAAGAAUCGAGAAAUCACCAAUAGUGAUGGCAGCUGGGAGCAGAGAUUUCAUAAAAAACACCCGGGUGAAAUCUAUGCAGUCGGAAGACAGAAUCACAUAGUCUCUUUGAAGCAAGCUAUGGCUGGUUUCAUUAUCAACUUCCAAGCAAAAUCGAUUUGCAAUGAAGCAAUAGCAACUUUCAGCGAUAAGAUUCUCAAUGAACUCUGCCAGAACACCCUGUAUCAGUUUCCCAUAGGCCUCCGUCACUUGUGUGGUGGUGAGCUACAGAUCUGUGGCUCCCGAGAAGAUGUGGGGAACGUUCUUGAGGCCAUUGAUACAAAGAUAGUAGAAUACCAGGGUGAGUGGAUAGAAGUCAAUGCUCAAUACAAGGCAGUCCCAUGCAUCAUCGUAAAAGAAUGUUUGGUUCAGGAGAUACUCCCAGGCAACCAUCUAGUAAGUACUGAAAUUGUGGUUGAAAAUCCAGCAACUGUCAUAUUCAGGGGUCCCCGACAGAAGGUGGUAGAACUGGAGAGGUGCUUUGAGGAGGUGCUCAGUGGCUUCCAGAUUUUGCCAGCCCCUCUGUCAGAUCUCCAGUCUCAGUUUGUCAAGGCACAGUGGGGCAAGCUCUUCCACAAGAACUUCUUUUUGGAGCAGGGCAUUCUUGCUGUGCUUGAGAUCUCUGAAGUUGUUCAAGUCGCUGGCCUAGACUUGGAUAAAAUGAAGGCAGCAGAAGAGAUCCUUGUGAGGCAUGUGUGUGAGAGGACAGUGGAGGUAGCUGAGGAACUGAAAUGGGCCACUGAAUGUGAAGAAUGGGAAGAAUUGCUGGACAGGCUGGGAUCCCAUAAAGAAGUAGCCCUUCAUCACAUUGGACCCAGUCGGGUGACUGUGGUUGGCAUCUGUCCGUAUAUCAUUCAGGUGGAGGAAUCUAUUAAGGAGUAUCUGGAGAAAAAUUCUUCAGUGGAGGAAAAAGUGAACAUCAGCAGACCAGAACUAGCAUUCGCUGGGGAAGGUCUCCUUUCUGUAAUGGACUGGGAUCAUCUCAAAGUAGGCAUACAGGUUCAGCCAAACAGUCAGCUUUUAUCCUUGCAAGUAAGUGGUCUCCGAAAAUUUGUGCACGAAGCCAUCCAGGUUAUCGAGGAAGACUUGGAUUAUCUUGUGCUUGGUACAAUACCUUUGGAAAAGAAGUCACUAGGUGAAUACUUCUCUGGGGCUGGAGCAGGUCUGCUGCAGGAAAUGGCCCAAGAACAGAACUGUAUUGCAAAGAUGCAAAUCCAGAACUCUGGUCCUUGUGAUGGAGUCAUCAGUAGCAAUGGAAAUAGAGGGCAGGAAUUAGCUAAGGACCAUUCCACAGUGAUCCAAGCUGUGGGCAGAAAGAGUGAUGUGGCCUCAUUCAAGCAAGAUUUGGAGGAUUUCAUUUCAAAAUUCCAUGAAGAAACCAUAUGUAAUGCGGAGAUAUCCACAUUCAGUGAUGAGGUCCUCAAACAACUCUGUGAGAACACAUCACAACAAUUUCCGGUUACCCUCCACCGCCUGAGAGAAAAAGUUGUUUGGGUUUGUGGAUCCCACAAAGAUGUUGAAAAGGUUCUGGGGGCCAUUUACACAAAGAUAGAGGAAGCAGCCCUUGCAAAGAUCCAGGAAGUCCAAGCUGGGUGGAUAGAGUCCAAGCUUCUGUACGAGACUGUCCGGUGGCAUCAUAUGACUGAUGCUGGUUGGUCCUCAUUUGACAUGGACACCAACCGCCAUCUGGAGAUUGCAUACAGCAAGAAGGGAAUGGGGACACAGGUGCUGUGGGAUGGACAGAAGAUGGAGAUCAACCUGCUCAAGGGUCAAGCAUUCAUGCCACGCAACAGGAGGAUGUUCAGGAUAAGAAGGGAGAUCUGCUUAUGGGACAAGAAUAUUGCUCCGCAUUGGGAAGCCAUGGAUGGGUGCUUGGUUAAGAAAGUGGAACUACAGACCAGUUCGGAGGAGUAUCAGGACAUUGUAAAGAAUUUCAAGAGGACAACUGAUGGCUGCACAGUACUCAGGGUGGAGAGGAUCCAGAAUCGAUACCUGUGGGUUUCAUAUUGCUGGAAACGGAGCUGGAUGGAGAAGAAGAACCCAGAAGGGACACAGAACGAGCGCAUCCUCUAUCAUGGGACAUGGACCGAGAAUUGGUAUUCCAUCCAUGAGAUUGGCUUCAAGAGUGCCUGCAGGAGUGUGGGCAUCUAUGGACAAGGCAUUUAUUUUGCAGUGGAAGCUGGCCGUGCUGCCUUCUAUGCCAAACCAGAUCCCCAAGGGCACCGUUAUAUGUUUCAGGCUCGGGUUCUGACUGGGGAAUUUGACCAUGGGAAUGACAAGAUGGUGUUGCCACCUAUAAAGCAAGGGGGGAAAGACCGGUAUGACAGUCUGGUGGACGUUCUCAUUAAGCCGACUAUCUUUGUGACGUUUUUUGAUGAUCAUGCUUACCCUGAAUACCUGAUCACCUUCUCUGGGCCAGCAUCUUGAUGGCAGCUCUAAAGGAGCAGAAGGGUACUGAACUAGGGGAUUUGAAAAAGUGUGUGGACUCCAGGUGGGAGGGGGAGAGGUUCCUUUUGUGUUUUGUCCCAAAGGGAAAAAUGAAACAUACAAUUUAAUAAUUUCAUUUCCUGAAUGGUUAGAACCAAAAUACCCCUACUUAUUUUCCAUUAAACAUGUGCAUUUUUGUUUUGCAACUGGAAAAAAACCAAACAUUCAAUUUCUGUAUUUGCCGUAGAAAGCAAAAAUUGAAAUAAACUAAUUCUUCCAUUA